AUGAUUAACAAUUUGAAUUUCAGCCCUGAUUAUACUUCAUUAUGUUUAUCUAGUGAUUCUUAUUAUAGAAUAUACAAUUGUGAACCAUUUGGUCAAUUAUUGAACAUAGACUCACUGGCUUUAAUUUUAAAAAUGUUAUUUUCAACAUCUUUAACUAUAUUAGUACAAGAAUCAAAUAAAUUAAUUAUACAGAACCUCAAACAAAAUUUGAAAAUAUGUGAUUUAGAAUUCGAUUCAAAGAUAAUAGAUAUAAAACUAAACAGAAAGAGGUUAUUGGUGGUUUUGGAGUCUAGUAUUCAUAUUUAUGAUUUAAUAAGUAUACAACUUAUAAAAAUUCUAGAAUUGAAGUCAAAAUUUAUUGGAGAUUUAUCUGAGAGUUGGCUUGUUGUACCUUCAAAUUUAUUAGAUGAUGAUGAGAAUGGAUAUGUUAUAAUUUAUGAUAUUAUCAAACUUGAGGUGGUGCUCCGAUUUAAAGCGCAUAAUUCCAAAAUUGAAAAAUUAUCAAUUUCAAAAAAUCAAAUUGCAACGGCAUCUAUAAAAGGUACUAUAAUUAGAGUAUUUCAUUUGAAUGAUGAUCAAAUAGAUAAAGUAUCAAAUUUAAGAAGAGGUCAUAAUCCUGCUAAAAUUACAACCCUCAGUUUUCAUCUUGAUAAUCAUAUUUUAGGUUGUGCUUCAGAAUCAAACACUGUUCAUUUAUUUAACCUAACUGAUGAAAUAACAACAAAUGAAAAUGAAAGUGAUGAUUCAAAUGAAAUGAAAAAAUUGAUACUUUCUAAACCUAUUGAAUCUAAAGCAAGUAUUUCAUGGUUGAAAAAGACAAAAAAAUUGAUAAAUACAAGUUAUAAGAAAUUACCAUAUAAAGAAUAUUUAAAUAAUUUAAUUUGGGAACCUCCUCGAAGAUCUUUUGCUUAUAUUAAAUUACCAGAAUAUGAAAAAGAAAAACCAAGGAUUGAAAUUGGUUUUAAUCGUGAUAUAAUAUUUAUUGCUUCUUAUAAUUCCGGAAAAUUUUAUCAAUAUCAAUUACCAAAGAAAACAAAUGAUUCAGAUAGGGAAGAAUGUUUAUUGAUAAAUCAAUAUAAUCUAAUAUAA